CGGACGGGUAAUCAUGCUUUAUGCUGGAUAUGGCCGUAGACGUCAGUUUCGAAUUUGGGGUGAUUUUACAAACAGAGGUAAAUGCCACUGUAAGAGCUCCUUCGUAGAUUUCGGACCAAGACAAGCAUUGCAAUGCCCACCAAAGACGCCGUGUAAUACCCGCCAAAUAUGGCUGUCUUAAUUAGUUAUUCAG